AGAACACACGCGCUCAACAAAAGAAACACGAAAAAGAAGAACACAUCUGCUUUUGCUUUCCUGCCGUGCGUCAGACAGCCGCUUUAUUGCACCACUGAAGGGGCGUCAGCGCUGUGCUUUUGUUUAUAUAUAUUCACCUCUCUUCUUUUUGCCACUAAAAAUAUUUAUAUUAAAAACGUAGAAAAACCAUUAUUUGCGUUGAAGACUGCGACGUCGCCGUUGACACGCGUAACUCGUUUUUUUCUCCUUUUCGCUUCUCACAAUUCGCGUUACGUUCUCCGUUUAUUAACUUGCGUUCGCAUGGGUGGCGGAGCCUCAAGAGCCGCGGCGAGCGGGUCGCCUGCCGUGGUUAGUUCCCAGAAAGCGGUGACCGUUCCUGUUGCGAGCCGCGCCGCCGCCCCAAAGGUACCCGACUACCCUCCUGCCAGCAGCGGGGGCGACGAAGGAGGCGGCGCCUACGCGGACCAAGAGGCGCCUGCUGCCGCCGAGAGCCACGCCGUCUCGCCCCCUCUCACGGUUGCGGAGGAGAGCCACAAACUUUUAGGUAAGGAGAAGUACGUGAAGGAGUACGGUGCGCUUGCGAUGGAUGACCGUGUCAAGUCGUCUUCCGUUGGCACGCUGUUCUUCUUCUGCGCGGCGCAGACGGACAGCACCGUCUUCUCGUACCUCGAGAACUGCACCGGCGCCGUCUUUGCGCACGCCUUCACGGAUGCCGAGCUCGCUGAGGCGAAGCACGCCGCCAAGGUCGGCUUCUCCUGGGCUCCCUUCUUCAAAUCCAUCGCCAUCGCCAUGAUUAAAUCCAGCGCCACGGUGACCACCGUCACCCACACCCGCAAGGACGUCUCCUUCACCAUCUUCAAUAGCAAGGACCCCUCCCGCACCUUCCCGUUCGUCGUGACGAUGGAGGUGGUGUCGGAGGGGGGCGCCCCGGACCCAAAGGCGGUCUACGACUUUGCGAUGUAUCCGCUGACGCGGGCGAUCGAGUACAACCGCGCCCGCGCCGUGUCGGGCGAGCGGGAGAGGUGCGCGGCGAGGGUGGAGUGCGCGUCCGACGUGCUCGCGGCUGCCGUGCAGGAGCACACGAAGCACUCGGAGAGUCUGCUGCCGCUAGUGCAGCCGCUGCGGGAGGAGUCGGCGCUGCAGUCGCAGCAGACGAUGCUUGAGGGACGCGAGGUGCGCAAAUUGGAGCGGCGCCUCAAGGCCCGCGAUGAGCACAUCAUCACAAAACACCCCGUCGACCAGCUCUACGACGCGGGCGGUGCGCAGCCGUUUCAGCACUCGGUGUGGUCGCCGGAGCACAUUCCGCAGGAGGAGGAGCCCGAUGAGGUGCUGUCCGCCUGCAUUCGCGCCGCCUUCCCGCUGGGGCCCAACAUGAAGCUCAGCGAGAUCUCGCUUGUGCUGGAGCGGCCGGACAUUCGGCGGCAGAUCGAGGCCAGCGGCAAUCAGAAGGUGAUUUUCGACGCCUUCGAGAUCUUCAAAGGCAUCGACUGCUGGGACUACGACACGAUCCAGCUGGAGAUCAUCACCGACGGCAACGCGCUCUUCUACACUACCUAUCUUCUCUUGUACAAGCUGGACCUGGUGCGGUACUUCAAUAUAGACGAUGAGGUGCUGCGGCGCUUCUUAGUGGCCGUGCAGAGCUCCUACCACCCCAACCCGUACCACAACGCCAUGCACGGCGCCGAUGUCACCCAGAUCAACUACUACAUCAUGAUGCUCGGUGGCCUGGAGGCGAAGUGCCGCCUGAGCAAGGAGGAGAUUCUUGCGGGCAUCCUCGCCGGCGCGGUGCACGACUUCGACCACCCAGGGCUGAACAACAACUUCCACUCCCGCACCGGUGCCUACCUCGCCACCCUAUACAACGACCGAUCCAUCUUAGAGAACCACCACAUUGCCUGCACCUUUGAGCUCGUGCGCCACCCGCUAUACAACAUCUUCGCCACCCUCUCCGAUGCACAGCGCUUAAUGGUGCGGGAGACGAUGAUUGAGAUGGUGCUGGCGACGGACAUGGGCAACCACGCCAAGAUCUUCAAGAACUUCCAGGUGCGCAUGUCCGAAACGAGCGACUGGUUCUCCAAGAAGGACGAUGUUCGGCUGGCGCUCUCCAUGUCGAUCAAGAUGGCUGAUAUUUCAAACUGCGCCCGUCCAAGUCACAUCUACGCGGAGUGGGCCAAAAAUAUUGCGAGAGAGUUUUACCUACAAGGUGACGCGGAGCGGAUGCUGAGCCUUUCCAUUUCGCCUUUCAUGGACCGCACGAAGGAGGCGGAGGAGUUCCCGAAGGGGCAGAUAUCCUUCAUGAUGUAUAUUGUGCAGCCGAUGGUGGAGGCCAUCUCCGCUCUGCUGCCGUCUAUGAACUUCGCCGUCGGUCUUUGCGCAGAAAACAAGGAGUACUGGAAGCGUAUGACAGAGGAGGCGGAGUAG